GCGCGGGUUGCUGGGUGACUGGGCUCGGCGCGCCCGGCCGGGCUCGCUCCGGGACAAUAGGCGGCAGCGUCAUGGCGGUGCGGCCUGGCCGGAUCCAGCCCCGGCUGCUGCUGCUCCUCGUGGCACAGGUGUACUGUGAAUAUGGCAUGGUACAUGUUCUGUCAGAAAAGGGGAGCAGUAAAGGGAAGGACUACUGUAUCCUUUUCAACUCUCAGUGGGCCCAUUUACCACAUGACCUUGGCAAAGCUUCCCUUUUGCAGCUUCAGGAUCAGACAACAUCUGUCUUGUGUUCUCCUUCUGAUGUGCCUGAUGGGGGAUUUAAUAACAGAAUCCCCAUGGUGAUGCGGGGAAACUGCACCUUCUAUGAAAAAGUGAGGCUUGCUCAGAUCAAUGGAGCUCGUGGCUUGCUGAUAGUUAGCAGAGAGAGACUGGUUCCUCCAGGAGGUAAUCGGAGUCAGUAUGAAGAGAUUGAUAUUCCUGUGGCCCUUCUCAGCUACAAUGACAUGUUAGAUAUUGGCAAGAGUUUUAGCAGAUCAGUGAAGGUGGCAAUGUAUGCACCAAAUGAACCUGUGCUUGAUUACAACAUGGUGAUUAUUUUUGUAAUGGCAGUGGGCACUGUUGCAAUUGGAGGCUAUUGGGCAGGAAGCAGGGAUGUGAAAAAGCGAUAUAUGAAGCACAAACGUGAUGAUGGGGCAGAGAAACAUGAAGAUGAAACUGUUGAUGUCACUCCGAUCAUGAUCUGUGUAUUUGUGGUGAUGUGCUGCUCAAUGCUCGUCCUUCUUUAUUUCUUCUAUGACCAAUUAGUUUAUGUUAUCAUAGGUAUUUUUUGCCUGGCCGCUUCCAUUGGUCUCUACAGUUGCCUGUCUCCUUUUGUAAGAAGAUUCCCAUUGGGAAAAUGCAGAAUCCCAGAAAACAACUUGCCAUAUUUUCACAAGCGUCCACAAGUCCGGAUGUUGUUUCUAGCAGCAUUCUGUAUCUCUGUCAGUGUGCUCUGGGGAGUCUUCAGAAAUGAAGAUCAGUGGGCCUGGGUCCUGCAAGAUGCUCUAGGAAUUGCCUUCUGUCUUUACAUGUUGAAAACAAUCCGCCUACCUACAUUCAAGGGCUGCACCUUACUCCUGAUGGUUCUUUUUAUAUAUGAUGUGUUCUUUGUAUUUAUCACGCCUUUCCUGACAAAGACUGGGGAGAGUAUAAUGGUAGAAGUGGCUGCAGGCCCAUCUGAUUCUGCUACUCAUGAAAAGCUCCCAAUGGUCCUGAAAGUUCCAAGACUGAACUCCUCACCCUUGGCUCUUUGUGAUAGGCCUUUCUCACUCCUAGGAUUUGGAGACAUCUUAGUUCCAGGCUUACUGGUAGCUUACUGCCAUAGAUUUGAUAUCCAGGUGCAAUCCUCCAGAGUCUAUUUUGUAGCCUGUACUAUAGCGUAUGGCAUUGGCCUUCUGGUGACUUUUGUAGCCUUGGCAUUGAUGCAGAUGGGUCAGCCAGCUCUCCUCUACUUGGUACCCUGUACUCUUAUCACUAGCUUUGCUGUUGCUCUUUGGCGAAAGGAGCUUACAAUGUUCUGGACAGGCAGCGGCUUUGCGAAAGACCUACCUCAUCCUCCUUUGGUGCUGGCUCCCGUCAGCUGUCCUGAACCCCCCAAAGAUGUAAAUGCACCAGCAUCUCAACAAGAAGCAGAACAAAUGACCAACCCCACACUUCAUGCAAAGGACCAAAGUAAUGCUACCCUGAGUGUAGAGGAGGCCCAGAACCCCUCCCCAAAUACUGGGGAGCUGACUGGUCCCAGCACACAACUAGAACAACCAAAAAACUCCAGCUCACAUAUAGAAGAAUCAGCUAAUCAAAACAAGGACAACUGUGAAAGCAGAAGUGUCAAAGUAGAAAAGAACCAGUUGGACUAGAGGAUGUAAUAGGAAACACUCUUUCCCCUCCCCCAAUUUUUCUGCAUAAAACCAGUAAGUAAUUAGACUGGUUCUGUAGUGGUCAUACUCACUGAAGAACCUCACUGGGAAUCUGAUCAUCAAAUUCAAGAAUACGCUGCCUCCAACUUCAGAUACAGCUGUGCACUUCAAACACCUUUCUGAAAUAUGGUGCUUUACCAAGGUUCUGAUGUAUGAAUUUUAGUGAUCAUUUUAUUAGUGGAUGCCUUUUACCUGUUCCUAUUUCAUUAUACCAGGAUAACAGUAAGAACUUUUAUGUAUAUGGCACUCUGCGCUUGUGUGGCUGUGGUGCUGCUUUAACAUAGUGUAGAUUAAUAUGGAAGAAAAGCAUUGGACAAAUCUGCUACAAUGCAAUGCUGAGAGGAAAUAGAGUAGUUUUAGCACUUUCCCUUCUGAGACUAUUUUCUACUUGUAAAAGCCAUUGAUGCAAGUGAAUGGUUUAGUAUAAAUUUAUGCUCCAGCAAUGCUAAGAACUGACUAAAUUAUGAGCCUUCUGAAAGGAUUUAUAUUACCAUGGUCAUUAAAUUCAUCUCUUAACUUUUUGUUUGUUUGUUUUACUCCUAGGUAUUGGGUUGGAUUAUAGUCUAGCUCAGUGGUGCUCACAUUUUUGACCCCAUGGACCAGAUGAAUGGCAUGGAACCAGUCCAUGGACCGGGUUGGGUCUGCACCGCCUCCAUGCACUGGGACCAGGCUCUGGGGCCCACGCCACUCCGACCAGGCUGGAGCCCUAUCCCAGUGUACAGGGGGCAGCACAGAGCCUGAUCCAGCCUGUGGGCCAUCCAGCCGAUACUGGGCUCUGUGCUACUAUAGCCCAGCCCUGCAUACACCAGUGUCAGGCCCUGUACCACACUGGACACCCAAUCUAACGCACAGGGCUCCCCACAGGAUCCAGUUGGGAGCCCCGCAGGCUGAAUUACAAAGUGCUGGUACUGGAUCCGGCCCAUGGCCUGGGGAUUGAGCACCCUUGAUCUAGAUUAAAAGGCAGGAUGAAUGGAUCUGCCAGAAGCAUCAUAAACAUUCCUAUGAAUUCUGUGGCUGUCUUUGAAAAAGUAUUGAUUGAUUUGACUUUCCAGAGUCUGACACAAUAGAUACGCUCAUUAUGUAUGCUGGUUUAAAAAGAGAGCCCCCUAUUUGUCACACAGAUCAGGAAAUAGCAUUAAUUAGUGGUUACAGAAUUGUCUCUUGGGAAAUUUUAAAGACAAACUGAUAUGAGAAAUUCAGCUGUUUUCUUUGAGCCUCUACUUACACUUGUUAUGAAUAUAGGUUUGAUUUCUAAUGUUAAAGAAAAUAGUUUGAUGUUCUCUUUUUCAAAGGAGCAUGUGUGGUUUAACAGUUAGUUUGUUUGUAUAUAUUGCUUGGAUUUAAGAACCAGUUACAAUUUUGUAACUGGUCAUCCAGCUCAAGCCAUAUUUUGUCUUUAUCCCAGGUAUGACACAAGUGUGAUCUGCAAGGUUCUAAAAUGAGGCAGUGACCAUCUUGACUUGUCCUUGUGCUGGAGAGUGAAGGUCCUACCUUGCAAUGUCAGGGUUGCAUCUCCAGAAUGAAGAUGAGGGAAACUACAGUCUGUUCAGUUUUAACAUAAUUAGGCACAGUUGUUCUUAGCAAGCUGCCAGUAUAGCUUGAAAUAUCCCAAAGGUGGACAUUUCUUAAUUUCUGAUUAAUUUCCUUAGAUAUUAAUAGUGCAUGUGUAGAGGGACAGUUUAGUCAAAUUAACAUUAGUUUAUAUAAAAUCAAUUUUGUUUGAGAGAGUACUGAAUCAAGGCAAUUUAAUUUAUUUUAAGACAUUAAAUUCUGUUUUGAACUUUAUACAUUCCAGUCCAUUAAAAACAAUAUCCUGAAAAUAAAAUGUGAUUCGCUAACUCAAGUGGCAAAGGCAUCCCUCUGCCACUCAUAAAUACUACCCUUCUGAGCAAAGGUAUCUUGCACAGCAGUGUGGCACUUUGAAGAGUAUAAUCUCAGUAUUAAUAUACAGAGAAAUGCAUUUACAUUAAGAAGCUUCCACUGGUUUGUUGGGUCAAAUUCUGAAAGACUUUCCUUCAGUAUCUGUGGACACAGAUCCCAUGUCAACUCUGACUGAGCUUUCUAAAAGUUUGCAUCGUAUCUUUUGUACUGUAAAUUUGUUUGCUUUCUCUCUCUCACUUCAUGUUAGGUGGACACUAUUUUUUUGCAGGAUAAUGAAAGCCUAUUAUUAAAAUUACAUUUUGGGGUCAGCGGUUUACCAGUUUCUGCAUAUGCCUGGGGGUCCUUAACCUGGGCCUUAUCUACCAAGUUGAGUGAACUCCGGGUAAAAUGAUAGUGAGUUUCUUUAAAAGUUUCCUGUAUUCUGGAGCCUGUGAUAUAUUUAGUCUGCUUUUCAAAUGAACCAAAUGCAACAUAAUGAAUAAUUUUCCCAUAUUAUUUUCCCUUCUCCUGUUUGGUCUAUGUUACAAUUUGUGGCACUUCAUCACUGGGAAUUACCUGUACUGUCACCUUUUAGAGAACUUUAAAGGCACUUGGAGCACUGCAAAUGUGUUGUCUGUCCAUACCCUGAGACUAAUCUGAACCAGACUUUAGGUACGCAGAACAUUAGAGAAGCUUCUGUUGGACACUUCAACCAGUUCUAUUAUGCCUUAAUGUAAGCCAUUUUAUAAAUAUAUUAUAAAUUAUAAAUAUGUUAAACAUUUAUAGAAGAAAAACUAUCUUUAAAUAAACUUGACAAAUGCCAGCGAAAUG